AAAAUAUAUAUAUAUUUGACAUGAAUUUGUAAUUCAAAAAUUGAAAAUAUUGCCCUCUUUAAUUGAGAAUAAUAUAAAUAUCUAAAUAAUAAUUAAAAAUUUAAUUAAAUAAUUUUUCCAGUGGAAAUAUAUUAUUUUCUCAAAUAUUAAUGUUAUGAAAGUUUUCUGUGUUUAUAAAGUCAUUACAAAGUCAAAUCAAAAUUAAUUGCUGUUCAAUCAUUUACUAUUACAGUGUGCAAAAAUGGAGGCAAAUAUUUUCGAAAAUCCAUUAUUUAAUGCGGCAAAAAGAGGACUAUUCGAGGAAUUAAAGAAAAUUUGUGAAAAUCACAAUGAAAAAGAGGAAAAGAAACGUGAAUUUUAUCCAGCACUUUAUAUUGCGUCCUAUCAGGGUAAUGUGGAAAUUGUCAAAUAUUUAUUAUCCAUUGGAGCAGAUCCAAAUUAUUCAUUUAAAAAUUGUCUACCACCUUUACAUGCCGCGGCUCAAAAAGGUCGAAUAUUAAUAGGAAAAUUACUAUUAAAUUAUGGUGCUGAAAUUAAUUCUAAAGAAAAAAUUCAAUCAGAAACAAAUGAAAUAAAAGAGAUGAAUUAUUUUUCAACACCACUUCUUACGGCUUCACGCGGUGGACAUGAAUAUAUGGUGAAAUUUCUUUUGGAUAAUGGGGCAAAUAUUGAAGCAAAAUUAUCAUCGAUAUCAAUUAAAGUUUCAGUAAAGGCACAAAGUGCAAGAAUGUCACAAAAUAACGAAUCUGAUAUUCUUGUUUCAUCUAAUAAUGGUAUUUUGAAAAUAAUACUCAACAAACCAAGAAAGAAAAAUGCUAUAUCAACUGAGAUGUAUAAACAGCUUGGUGAUAUAAUAAAUGAAUCAGCAAAAAAUAAUGAUAUUCGAAUGUUAGUAUUGACUGGAGCUGGAGAUUUUUUUACAAGUGGAAAUGAAUUUAAUGUAUCAUUAAUGGGUGAUGUUGAAGGAUCCACACGAAAAUUUAAAGAAUUUGUCGAUGCUGUAAUAAAAUGCCCAAAACUUUUGGUGGCAAUUGUUAAUGGACCGGCAAUUGGAAUUGGAGUAACAGUUCUUGCACUAUUUGACAUUGUGUACGCCUCUGAAAAGGCAUAUUUUAACACACCUUUUUCAAAAUUGGGUCUCAUAGCAGAAAGUUGUUCAAGUUACACUUUUCCAAGGCUUAUGGGCAGAUCAAAGGCUGGAGAAAUGCUUUAUUUUUGUCAUCAAAUGAAUCCAGAGGAAGCUAGAGAGUGUGGUUUGAUUUCCAAAAUUUAUAAAUCUGAUUCCGUUGAUGAAAUUUGGAAAUAUUUGGAAACAAUAGUAACAACAAUGUCGUUUGAGACAAUUCAAGCAACAAAAAUGUUAAUUAAACGAUGGGAUAUGAAUAAAUUAUUAAAAGUAAAUGAAGAUGAAGUUAAAGAAUUGGUGAAAAGAUAUAAUUCCGAGGAUCUUGUGAAUCGAGUAUUAACUUUUGUCAAUAGAAAAAGUAAAUUGUAAAUAAACUAUUUUUAUGUUUUUAA